CGUACUGGCAGAAUGGAACUCAUCUAGCCAUCUAGCGGUGGAGACUUGCAUCUUGAUGGGUCAAGUUUGGCAGAAUGGGCAUUUUAGGCACUCGAUAGAUAGCUAUUGUUUGUAAACUUUACUUUGGAAUUUGGGAGUAUUUUAGGCGGCAACGAAAAAACCCUCAGGUGUAGAAUAGUUUAAGGUUCAGAUAUCUUCAUCUCAUCGCUCUAACUUCUAAAUCUCUCAGAAACAAAUCUCAUUGUUUUCCAACAAAAACACAGAUAUUAACCAACGCCGAAGUAGCAUAGAUUAACUUACCCUACACAACUCUCAUUAAUCUUCCCGCCAAAAUGGGCAGCCCUAAAUCAGGAGGUGCUAAAGAAGACACAGACGUCGAUAUUGUUGGUGAUUCUCCUUCAAAUUCUAGUGGCGAAGCAGAUCCUUCUUCUUCUUCCUUAGGUAUUUCUGCAUAUACUGAAGGUGAAAGAGUUUUUGCUUAUCACGGUCCUCGUAUUUACGAGUCUAAGGUUCAAAAAGUUGAGAUGCGGAAAGUUGAUAAUACGGAGGAAAAGAGAUACUUUGUUCAUUACCUUGGCUGGAACAAAAACUGGGAUGAAUGGGUUGGCCCGGAACGUUUGUUGAAAUUCACUGAGGAGAACAAGAAACUGCAGGAGGACCUUAAACUUAAACAGCAGGGUACAGACAAGAAUCCCAAAUCAGGGCGCUCAUCACACAUGAAGCCAAAAAGCUCUGCUGAUGCAAAAAUGGAUAAAGAGGAUACUAGAAACUAUGUUGGGAAGGGAAAGAAGCGGAAAAGUGACUUCAGUAUUGAGGAGAAGGACACCAUUUCCAAUGAGAAGCUUGUGAAGAUCCAAAUUCCAUCAACACUUAAAAAACAACUGGUUGAUGAUUGGGAAUUUGUAGUUCAGCUCGGCAAGCUUGUUAAGCUUCCGCGCUCUCCUUGUGUGGAUGAUAUAAUGAAGAGGUACCUUGAUUACAAAUUAAAGAAGGAAGGCAUGAUAGGCGAAUCAGUUGGGGAGAUCUUGAAGGGUUUGCGCUGUUACUUUGACAAAGCAUUGCCAGUCAUGCUCUUGUACAAAAUGGAACGCCAACAGUAUCAAGAAGCAAUUAAAGACGAUGUUUCUCCAUCUAGUGUAUAUGGCGCUGAGCAUUUACUACGCUUAUUUGUGAAGUUGCCUGAGCUACUGUCUUAUGCAAACAUUGAAGAGGAAGCGUCAACACGGUUACAUACGAAACUAAUCGACUUACUCAAAUUCUUGCAGAAAAAUCAGAGCACCUUCUUUCUUUCUGCAUAUGAUAAUCCUAAAGGUGGAGUAGCAGAAGGAAGCGGUAAGGACGGUUUAGAAGGUGACGACAACUGAACCUGCAUAUUGCCCUCACAAAACAUGCUCAAUUCCAUGUAUACAUACAUGUCCACUAACUUCAUCUCACAAUGGACAGCGGGAGUCACAAGAUCGUAUUGUAUGCUUUGUAUUGCACCAUCAUUGUCACAUUUAUGACAACAGAUGUUUAGUAGUAUCAACUUCUUCCUCUUUAAUGGAAGUAGUAUUAACUAGUAAUAGUGGUCAAAUACUGAAAGUGUGAUGUAAAGUUUGUUUUACUGAGUGUGAUAUUUGCAGAAGUAGCACCAACUCAACUUGAUCACUUUUGUGUA